AUGGGCAAAUCGGGGAGGUUAAAGCGUCGACCAACCCCAAGCAGCAAGGAGAAGUCAGGAGGUGAAGUUGCCUCGGUCAAAGACGGGCAAGUUCCUGCAAAGAAAAAAACAAAAGCCCAAAGCCUUGGCAAAGGUUCCAAACAGCCGAAGAGAAGGGCUCAAGAGGCUCAAGAGCUUGAAGCGACGCAAAUCCAGAACAUCAGGGACUCCGCAGCUGGUUCCAGCAGAUUGAAUGAAACUUUUGAAGUUGAAUUCGAAUUCUUUGAUCCAGAAGAAGAUGAUUUUCAUAGUGUUCGAGAUUUGCUAUGCAGUGGCACUCUGGGCAGCUUGGAUUUGGAUUUCUCCAGCCUUGCAAACAGUAUCGUGGAUCAGGUCAAUAUUGGAACAAUGGUGAAGUCAGGGGUCGAAGAGGCACAGCAGACGCAGACACAGGAGGCGGCUUCUGAGGAAGACGACGUGACCCUUUGUGGCAUGCUGACAAUCUUGAAUUUGAAGCAAUUCGCUGAAGAAGCUUGGUGCAAAACUCUUCUUGCUCUGCUCAAACUCAGGCUGGACAAGCAGUUGCAGCAGUACAUACUAGGGCCAGCACAAGCUUCUGGAAAAGAGCAAGUGGGUUUGAUCAUCUCAGAAAGGUUUGUGAAUCUACCGCUGGAAGUUAUACCAGCCAUGCACAACGUGAUUCUGGAAGAUAUCAGCUGGUCUUGCUCUACAGAGUACUGUCCCCCAGAGGAGCGACCCUUCUAUUUCUUCACGCACUUUAUUUGCCUGGCGCGCUGCCAUUCGCUAUCUGCAGCAGCUGAAUCAGAAGGUCAGACCUUUCAGCACAAGGACGGUUCUCGCCUCCUAUUUUCACGUGCGGAGGAGUUGGCGCUGGCCCAGGCUGCCUCCUUUGUUUCAAGCUUUUCGCAGCCAUCCAAAGAGGGCCCGUCGUCGUUUCAAUCGCAGCCGGGAUCAAGCAAAAAAAAGAGGAAAGCAGAACAAGGAGGCAGCGUCAUUAAGGGCCAGGAGCGCCUGGCUGUGCUGUGGCUCACACGGCAGGCUUAUGAGAGCGCUGUGAAGAGUAUGCGAGAAUCCUUGAAAGCCUCGACUUGAAAGCCUUGCCA